UUCUGGGCAGGUAAAGUCAGGAGUCUCACUGCUACACUGAGGAACACUGUGCCGUGUCUGUGAUAUCAGACUGUCGCUGCUACACUGAGGAACACUGUGCCGUGUCUGUGAUAUCAGACUGUCGCUGCUACACUGAGGAACACUGUGCCGUGUCUGUGAUAUCAGACUGUCGCUGCUACACUGAGGAACACUGUGCCGUGUCUGUGAUAUCAGAGAAAGCAGAGAAAGAUGUCCAGUUUAAAGGAGGUCUGCAGAGGCUUGCCUUUGAACCCUCUACCCCCAAACCAAGGAAGAAGCAGCCGGGUACCCCACGCUCCGGUCAGGGUCCCCAACCUGACACCCCAAGAGGAAAAGCUGGCCCUGCGCAAUGCCCUGCGGUACUUCCCUCCUGCCGUCCACGAGGUUCUGGCCGAGGAGUUUGCUGAGGAGCUGCGGUUGUACGGACACAUCUACAUGUAUCGCUUCUGCCCAGGGAUCCCCAUGAGGGCCUAUCCUAUCAACAGCUACCCCUGCAAGACCAAACAAGCGGCUGCUGUGAUGCUGAUGAUCAUGAACAACCUGGAUCCCUGUGUAGCUCAGUUUCCCCAGGAGCUUGUCACCUACGGUGGAAAUGGCCAGGUGUUCAGUAACUGGGCUCAGUUCUGGCUGGUGAUGCAGUUCCUCUGUGAGAUGACGGAGGAGCAGACGUUGGUGAUGUACAGUGGGCACCCCGUGGGUCUGUUCCCCAGCCACCGCGACGCCCCGCGGGUCGUCAUCACCAACGGCAUGGUUAUCCCCAAUUACUCCUCCAGGGACGAGUAUGAAAAGAUGUUUGCCUUGGGGAUCACAAUGUACGGACAGAUGACGGCAGGAAGUUACUGCUACAUUGGGCCACAGGGAAUCGUCCACGGCACAGUGCUCACCGUGUUGAAUGCUGCCCGGAGGUACCUGGGCUCCAGUGAUCUGGGGGGGAAGGUGUUUGUCACGGCCGGUCUGGGGGGGAUGAGCGGGGCUCAGGCCAAGGCAGCGGUCAUCGCCGGGUGCAUCGGGGUCAUCGCAGAGGUGGACCAGGCUCCUCUAAAGAAGAGGCACGAGCAGGGCUGGCUGAUGGAGAUUACCAGAGACCUGGACCACUGCAUUCAGAGGAUCAGGGACGCCAGGAAGAAGAAAGCGCCCCUGAGCCUGGGGUACCAUGGCAAUGUGGUAGACCUUUGGGAGAGGUUGGUGCGUGAGUACGAUACUACAGGAGAGCUGCUGGUGGACCUGGGCUCUGACCAGACCUCCUGCCACAACCCCUUCAGCGGAGGGUACUACCCAGUGGGGCUCACCGAGCAGGAGGCAGCCCAGCUGAUGCACUCCGAGCCGGCCAGGUUCCGCAGCCUGGUGCAGGAGAGCCUUAGAAGACACAUCGCUGCCAUUAACAAGCUCGCGGACAAGGGCUUGUUCUUCUGGGACUACGGGAAUGCCUUCCUCCUGGAAGCGAAGCGGGCCGGUGCUGAUGUGGAGAAGCGUGGAGCUGGGAAGACAGAGUUUAAAUAUCCUUCCUACGUGCAGCACAUCAUGGGGGAUAUAUUCUCCUUGGGAUUCGGACCGUUAGAGGGGCGCUGGGUCUGCACCUCGGGGGACCCUGAAGACCUGACCGCCACUGAUGUCAUCGCCUCGACAGUGCUGGAGGACCUCAGCAAAGGAGUAUCUGACUCGGUGAGACAGCAGUACGACGACAACAUCCACUGGAUACGGGAGGCUGGCAAGCACAACAUGGUGGUGGGGUCCCAGGCUAGGAUCCUGUACUCUGAUCAGAAAGGACGCGUCUCCAUUGCGCUCGCCAUCAACACGGCCAUCGCUGACGGACGCAUCAAGGCUCCAGUGGUAAUCAGCAGAGACCACCAUGACGUCAGUGGGACAGACAGCCCCUUCAGAGAAACAUCCAAUAUCUAUGAUGGGUCUGCUUUCUGUGCAGACAUGGCCGUGCAGAACUUUGUAGGGGAUGCUUUCAGAGGCGCCACGUGGGUUGCACUGCACAACGGAGGAGGAGUUGGAUGGGGAGAAGUCACUAACGGUGGGUUUGGGCUGGUUCUCGACGGCUCUGGGGACGCUGCAAGGAGAGUGACAAUGAUGCUGAACUGGGAUGUUUCUAAUGGGGUGGCUCGACGGUGCUGGUCAGGGAAUGACAAGGCCUACGAGACGAUCUGCCAGACCAUGCGGGAGCACAGUGACCUGAGAGUGACCCUGCCGCACAACGUGGUGGACGAGGGGCUGCUGGACAGGGCUCUGCGGCACUGAGAGAGGAAUCCAAUCACAAACACCACGCGCCUGGCCGCUCCCACCUCUAUCGGGGCUCUUUUCCAGCUUUGCAGCGUAUCUGGGUUUGAAAUCUUUAGGAAUGCUUUUACAAGUGCAGCGGCAGUUUGAUUGAAUAGCACCGUAGAACAGCAAGAUACAGAUCAGGUGGUGUGCCGCUGCUGUCGUUUGAUUGAAUCUGUCCCUAAUCUCUCUCUUCUCUUGGCUUUUCUCUCCUAUAUGUUAGCAGUUUCUAACGGUCUGGAAUUGUAACCGGUGUUAAUGUGCUCAAGUUUGGUUCAGGUAUCACAGUAAAUGAAACUAUAAUAAAUAUUACACUUUA